AUGCACGAAAUCUUUCUCACAGCCCUCGUCGAGGACAAAGACUUUGCCGGAGCAUGCUCCGUACUAGGUGGUCUCACCAACAUGGACCCCUGGGAGUCUAUCCAACGAGUUCUCUACUUUCAAGGUCCACCGCGACCAAUGGGCAUCUUCAAUCAAAGCUCCAUUAAGAAACCUAUAAGCCCUCCCAAUACGGGCUUCCUGUGGAAAGAGCUUCACCAGAACUUGACGCGGCAGUCCUUCAUUCUUCAGACACGCUACGAUGUCCUCAAGGAUCGCGACAUGGGACCCAAUGCGCCUGCGAUGGACCUUGAUGCAACGCAGGGAAUCUUGAAGUGGACAGACUUUCCAGAUCCGCCGAGGGGUCAGCCUUUACUUACGCAGCGGAAAAAGGUUGAGCUUUGGGAACAGAAGAUGCUGCCUUCACUGAUGCGCGAUAACAAUCACACGCAAACGGAAACAAUUGAGGAAAUGUACCGUUUCUACAGAGAUGAGAUUGAGUUCUGUCUAGUACGAUACUAUUUCCUCCAUCCUAUAGAGAACUACGUUCCCAUGGAGACAAAACAGCAGCAAUCCAUGCCACUGGGCAGUCUACCAUCAUUCGACUCUCUUACUCCCGUGGACCAGCAGAAGCGAUGGUUCCUCCACGUCAAGGCGCACGUAGUGCAGGACAACAAACCUGAGGAGCUACGCAAAGUCCAGGAGCAGCUGCUGUCGAUUAAGAAAGAGUUGGAGGGUGUUUUUGACUUCCGAGGGAUUGACCGCAAGGUUCACGAUACAAGAGUAAUGCAGCAAGCGCAGGGAGUACAGCAGUUACCGCAAAGAGUGACGAUUGGGAAGUGA